AAAGCAUUCUUACUCCAAAUUCCAAAAUAGCAUAAAAGAAACUCUAAAUAGCUCCUCUCUAUACAACUUUCUGCUAAGGCCAAUGGAAGAUUCGAACUUUAUGGAUUUAAUGAUUGACACAGACGAGUAUCUGAUUGAUGAUUGGGAAUCCGAUUUCCUUGGUGAAACUACUGAUCAUUUGAACACGGAACCGGGUUCGGGAUCCGAAUCCGGAUCCGGAUUGAAGCUGGUAUCUGAGAGACCAACAAAGCAAAUGAAAGUCAACUCAACAUCUUCUUCUCCAUCUUCUUCUUCUUCCGGUUCGCUCACAUCCCCACGAGUGAUCUCGUUCGGGUCUCCAGACCCGAAGAUGAACGUGAUCGAGACAUCCUUGAACUUCUCCAACAUAGCAAACAUGGAUCAGAAAGUGGGGUCCAAAAGAAAAGACUGUGGUAAUAACGGAGGAAAAAGAGAGCCACAUCUAUUGAAAGAACAUGUUUUGGCUGAACGUAAACGUCGACAAAAGCUCAGUGAACGUUUGAUUGCUCUCUCUGCUCUUCUUCCUGGCCUCAAAAAGGCGGACAAGGCAACGGUUCUUGAAGACGCGAUCAAGCAUUUGAAACAUCUUCAAGAACGAGUAAAAAAGCUAGAGGAAGAGCGAGUAGGAAUCAAGAAAAUGGAUCAAUCGGUUAUAUUGGUGAAGAGAUCUCAAGUGUAUAUAGACGAUGAUACUUCAUCUUAUUCUUCUACUUGCUCUGCCGGUUCUCCUCCGUCUUCUUCCUUAGACGAAGUUUCGAUCUUGAAGCAGACGAUGCCAAUGAUCGAAGCCCGAGUUUCAGACAGAGAUUUGCUGAUUAGGAUUCAUUGUGACAAGAACAAAGGUUGUCUGAUUAAGAUCUUGGGUUCAUUGGAGAAGUUUCGUCUUGAAGUAGUCAAUAGUUUUACUUUACAAUUUGGAAAUUCAACUCUCGUUAUCACCAUUCUCUCUAAGAUGGACAACAAUUUUGCUCGACCUAUUGAAGAUGUCGUGAAGGACAUAAAACUUGCAUUAGCGGAAUAAUAUUUUUUCUUAACCGCUAUGUGAAUUUCGCAGCGGUUAAACGUGCGAUUUGAUCUCCAAUUUUACGCGUUGGAUAAUAAAAUCAGAGUGAGGCAUGAGAUAUGGGAUUUGUUGAGUGGAAUAAGCUGGAUUAGUGUGUCUACCUAAUUAUGGCUGGUUUGCUAUUUUUUUCCCAAUAUCAAUGGUUCGAUUUUAAUAAGGGAUCCUUUUAAUAAUGAAGAUGGAAGAGUUAUAUCAAAUAUGUCAACUUUAUCAUCAAUCAUUUUACCAAACAAACUUUAUCAUCAAUAAAAUGAUUAGAUACUUGUUCC